AUGCACUGCGGUGGAGCAUGGCUGACUUUGUACUAGGAGUGUCAUCCCUACGAGAAUGAAUGCGCUAUUUUCGUGCUGUACAAGUUGACAGUUUCUUAAAACAACUUGAUAUUCAAGUUAAUAAAGGAUCUUUUGCGUGUUAUGUUUUUAUAACUGCGUCGUGAAGAGCCGACAAACUACGUUUAAAUUCGCAUCCUUCUUUGGUAGCUGAUCAGCGUGAAGAUGGCAGGAGUAGCGGCCAAGCGUGAGGGACCACAGUUCAUCAGUGAAGUGGCUGUGAGGGGUAACGCCGCUGUGCUGGACUACUGCCGUACCUCUGUGUCUGCUCUGUCUGGAGCAACAGCUGGUAUCCUCGGGCUGACGGGACUUUACGGCUUCAUUUUUUAUUUCCUCUCCUCCUUUCUCCUCUCGCUCCUGCUCAUCCUCAAGGCGGGACGGCGGUGGAACAAAUGCUUCAAAUCGCGUCGGCUGCUCUUUACCGGCGGUCUUGUUGGAGGUCUUUUCACAUACGUACUGUUCUGGACUUUCUUGUACGGAAUGGUGCAUGUAUACUAAGACGACAUACCAUAUAAAUAAUCUGAAACGUUUCUACUCCAGUGCUACAUAAAUCAUUAGGUUUGUCUGCCCUGCUGUUUAUAGAUAAAUAGAUUCAACUGUGAAAGAUGUUACGUUUUCAUUGUGAACUUUUGAUAGAUUGGAGGAUGUGUUCAGAAUUAAUGUAUGCAAGAUUAAUUGUACUCUAUCCUCUAAAUCCACAUUUACCAGUGACCAUGGAAACCAUUAACCUUUAAUUUUUGCUCUGUUCUUGGUAAUAUCCAUGCCAGGAUAAUAAUAAUUAUAGUUAUUAUUAAAGUAGGCUAACUUAUAACAUCUUAACUAGAUCUGAUAUUGCAUGUACAAAGCUUUGAUGAGAUUAUAGUUGUGAUUACAAAUUUGAAUAAAUGCCUCUCCUCAA